UCACACACACAAACUAGUCCCUACAAAUGUCUCACACAAUAGUCCUGAACCAGAGUCCCAAGUAGAAAGAUUUGAGACAGUGUUAUUAGGGACAAGAGCAGCUGAACACAACAAACAGAUCAGAUUUACAGAUUGAGUGAGUGAAGUGAGAGAGAGACCAGAAGCUUCUUGUUCCUGUCUUUUAGAUUUGGAUUUGGGAUUUGGGCUGAAAUGUGGUACUCUGCUCUUCUUCUUCUUCUUCUUGUGCUCUGCCUUCUGAGUGUGGAAGCCUCCGUCCACCACUACGCCGGAGACAGAUUCGUCUCCAAAGGCAACGCCUUUGUCGUCCACGGCGGCAGCGAGGGAAUUUACUCUUCUGCCCCUGCCGACGACUCCGCCAAGGACAACUCUUACAUACGCUUUGAGAAGGUUACGUUUCGGAGAAGCAAAGAAUCGGCUAAUUUCAGCUCUGGGCCUGUCCAUGCCAUUGUUUUUGAGGUGGAAGAUAGAGAGAACAUUGGGGGUUCAGCGUAUGGAGGUCAAAGAGCAGUAUGUUGCACUGGGGAUCUUGCGAAGCUCGGUGUGUGUAAGCAAGGCGAUAUCAUUCACCGCCCGUCCACCAUGAACCCAGGUUGGCCUCAAGUUUUUGGUGUUUCUUUUGAAGUAGAUGAGGAAGUUGCCGCAUUGCCAUCCAAGUUCAUACCGAUUCAUAAGACUGGGAUGUAUAAUUUGUACUUCAUACAUUGUGAUUUGAAGUUGAAGGAUUUGGUGGUUGAGGGGAAUACUAUAUGGAAAAACCCUACCGGGUAUUUGCCUGGUAGAAUGGCACCGUUUAUGCUUUUUUACGGGUUUAUGUCCCUUGCUUUUGUCAUACUUGGGAUCUUUUGGUUCUCACAGUAUGCAAGGUUUUGGAGAGAAGUUCUUCCAUUGCAGAAUUGCAUCACACUAGUCAUAACACUAGGUAUGCUUGAGAUGGCUUUAUGGUAUUUUGAGUAUGCUGAAUUCAAUGAGACUGGGGUCAGGCCAACUGGGAUCACUGUAUGGGCAGUUUCAUUUGGUGCAGUUAAACGAACAGUAGCGCGUUUAAUACUUCUCAUGGUCUCCAUGGGCUAUGGGGUUGUAAGGCCAUCCCUAGGUGGGCUUACAUCAAAAGUGGUGUUUCUUGGAUUAACAUUCUUCUUGGCAACUGAGGUUCUUGAGAUGGUUGAAAACGUUGGUGCAGUUAGUGAUCUUUCUGGAAAGGCAAGGUUGUUCUUGGUUCUUCCUGUGGCAAUAUUGGAUGCUUUCUUCAUUCUUUGGAUUUUUACUUCUCUCUCUGCAACUUUAAAUAAGCUUCAGGCUAGGCGAAUGAUGGUUAAAGUAGAUAUAUACAGGAAGUUCACCAACACUUUGGCAGUAACUGUUGUUGUAUCUGUGGGCUGGAUAUGCUAUGAGCUAUAUCACAAAUCAAAUGAUGUUUACAAUGAGCAGUGGCAGAAUGCAUGGAUCAUCCCUGCCUUCUGGCAAGUUUUAUCUUUCUCUCUCCUAUGUGUCAUCUGUGCUCUUUGGGCACCAUCCCAGAACUCAACAAGAUACGCUUACUCUGGAGAUGCAAGUGAAGAGUUUGACAGGGAUGAAACUACUUUGACCCUCAUAAAACCAUCGCUACUGCCUUCUAAGGAUGUCCAUAGAGCAACAGAAGCUAGAGCGGUGCAAAGCAGCAAUGGAUUAACAAAUGGUGAUGAGGAAGAGGACAAGAUAGAGUAAAGUAGUACAUCUCGAAUGUUUGGCAUUGCUACACUAUUUAACUGCUCCCUCAUUACACAGGGAACAUACAGAGGAGCAGGAAUCAUGACAGGGAUAAAUAUAUGAGUUUAUAUCAUUAGUUAGUUUUCUAAUUAGAAUUGUUUUGUUAAUUCAAUGUUGCUUUUUAUCCUUGUGUAUCUGUCUACGUGUUUAUUCAAUUGUUCACUUCCGACUAGUAAAGAUGCAACAAUGAGUUUUUGCUGUCUUCUUUUGCGAUAAAUUCUCUA